CUUUUAUUUUUGACACCAGGCCGGAAGUGGAUCCUGUUUGUUGUGACCCAAAACGGGAGCAGGGACCAUACUUUGCCUUACCUCUGCAACUACAAACCGUAGCGCCACAAUGGCGUCUACACAAAUAAACCCCCUUCUUCACGGCAAAUCCCCAACGGAGUUGUGGUGGCUACCCUUCUCAUUGCUGGCCCUCGUUGGGAGAGGCGAGGGGAACGCGAUGGACAACGUCGCAACAGAGAGGCUGGCUGAGGAAAGCCACCGCCAAGACAGCGCUAACCUGCUCAUAUUCAUCAUGCUGUUAACGCUCACCAUUCUCACCAUAUGGCUCUUCAAGCACAGGCGCUUUAGGUUCCUGCACGAAACUGGGCUCGCCAUGAUCUACGGCCUUCUUGUGGGUGUAAUCUUGCGAUUCGGUGUCCACGUGCCUCCGAGCAUGAGCGAGGUGGUGCAGGGCUGUGCAGUGAACGCCAGUCCCGCCACCCUGCUGGUCAACGUCAGCGGGCGAUUCUACGAGUACACCCUGAAGGGCGAAGUUAGCCGCGGCAAAGGCCGCCAAGUGCAGGAUGACGAGAUGCUGAGAAAGGUUACUUUUGACCCAGAAGUCUUUUUCAACAUUUUGCUGCCCCCAAUCAUCUUCCAUGCUGGAUACAGUCUAAAACGGAGACAUUUUUUCCGCAACAUAGGCUCUAUUCUGGCCUAUGCUUUCAUGGGAACUGUUAUAUCCUGCUUUAUUAUCGGGCUCAUCAUGUAUGGUUUUGUGUCCUUCAUGAAAGUGGUGGGCCAGCUUGGGGGAGAUUUUUAUUUCACUGACUGCCUCUUCUUCGGGGCCAUUGUAUCAGCAACAGACCCAGUGACAGUGCUGGCUAUUUUUAAUGAUCUGAAGGUAGACGUGGACCUGUAUGCUUUACUUUUUGGAGAGAGCGUGCUCAACGAUGCCGUGGCAAUCGUCCUCUCGUCGUCCAUUGUGGCCUACCAGCCUGCGGGAGACAACAGCCACAGCUUUGAAGCCAUGGCCUUGCUCAAGUCCUUUGGCAUCUUCCUGGGUGUCUUCAGUGGAUCGUUUGCGCUUGGUGUGGCGACUGGCGUGGUGACUGCACUCGUGACCAAAUUUACCAAGUUGCGGGACUUCCCCUUACUGGAGACGGCAUUGUUUUUCCUCAUGUCCUGGAGCACCUUCCUGUUGGCCGAGGCCUGUGGUUUUACUGGCGUGGUUGCUGUGCUGUUCUGCGGUAUCACUCAGGCGCACUACACCUACAACAAUCUCUCUCGUGACUCACAGGAUCGCACCAAACAGUUAUUCGAACUGCUCAACUUUUUGGCGGAGAACUUCAUCUUCUCCUACAUGGGCCUGACGCUCUUCUCCUUUCAGUCGCAUGUCUUCAACCCUUUGUUCAUUAUCGGGGCCUUUGUGGCUGUGUUCUUGGGCAGGGCGGCAAACAUUUACCCAUUGUCCUUCUUGCUCAACCUGGGCCGCAAGAAUAAGAUCGGAUCCAAUUUUCAGCAUGUCAUGAUGUUUGCAGGUCUGCGUGGGGCGAUGACAUUCGCCCUGUCUAUCCGAGACACUGCCACUUACGCCCGCCAGAUGAUGUUUUCAACCACUUUACUGAUUGUCUUCUUCACCGUGUGGAUCUGCGGAGGCGGCACCAUGCCUAUGCUCUCCUUCAUGAGUAUUCCCGUGGGUGUAGACUCUGAUCAAGAUCACUCAAGUUCAGGAAUGUUAGAUGGCUCUCAGAGGAGGAACACCAAGCAUGAGAGCGCCUGGCCCUUCAGGAUGUGGUACAACUUUGAUCACAACUACCUAAAACCCCUCCUGACCCACAGUGGCCCCCCUCUUACCGCCACUCUGCCAGCCUGUUGCGGACCACUGGCACGGUGCCUCACCAGCCCGCAAGCAUACGAGAACGAAGGGCCGCUCCAUGAUGAAGACUUCAUCCUGAACGACGGCAGUGUGAGCUCCAUGUACGCUGAUGUCACCGUCAGCACGGACGGCUCGGGAUCUGGCAACAUCAAGCGCCACCGCCCGUCCGCUGCCGACGAGAGCCUGGACCACGAACUGGCGCAGGCUGAGCAUGAGGUGGCCAUCCGGGGAACCCGCCUGGUCCUGCCAAUGAAUGACCCAACCGAUCCCCCGACAACCGUGACUCUGCCCCCGCCGCCUUCCCCGCCCCGGUCGGACCCCCGGAGACACAGACUAUGAGUAAGGGUUUGCACUGGUGGGAUGCGGCUUCUCAUCCAAGUAAAUUUUUUUUUUUUUUCGAAAGCCUCCAUUGUUGGGGCAGUGGCUUUAUGUACGUGACCGCACUGUAUGUUCUGCAGGCGCUUCAUACGAGAGUACAUGGUACUAUAAAUUUUUAAGGCUUGUUUGAGCAGUGGCUAUUUUUACGUGACUGUAAUUCUUUUGGGGUUUUCUAUUUUACAGUGGUUCUCACUAGAACAAUAUCUCCCCCCCAUGUGCUAUUUUGCGUUCUAAUGCUUGAAAAAAGUUGAGAUUUUGAGACAGGCAUGUAGCUAUUUUUACGUUUUAUUUCUUUCCUCCUGCAACCUAGUUUUGCGGUAAUUUUCCACUAGACUGAAGUCAUUUUCUUAUCUCAGUCAUGUUGCUGGGGUUCCUACAGUCAUUCUUUCUAGUGCAAAGUAUUUGGCCACAUGACUGUAGUGUAUUUUUUGACAAGAAGGUAAUUCACCACCAUGUUUCUCAUCAUUUAAAAUCUUUACAUGGACAGGUCCGUCUCAGCACCGUGAGGAGUGCGCCGUGACUGUAGACUUGAACAUGAGCGCGCUACAUGCAAG